AUGCUCCUGAGCGGACGGCUAGCAUUGGUGACGGGCGCAGGCAGUGGAAUCGGUCGUUGUGUCUGCAUGGCUCUAGCGGCGGACGGUGCCAUUGUAGUGGCGGCGGAUUUGAAUCUGGAGAACGCCACGAAGACAAUCAAUAUGCUGCCAGGAUCUGAAGUUCAUUUGGCUCUUCCCGUUGACGUGUCCGAUUCAGUUUCCGUGGCAGCUUUGUUCGACAAGAUUAAGACUCGCUGUCAAGUGCCCUUGAGCAUUGUGGUGAACAGUGCCGGCCUUUCACGCUCUGCAGAGUUUAUCAACACUAGCGAGGAACUCUUCGACACCAUGAUUGCAGUGAACUUAAAGGGCACCUUUCUUGUCAGUCAAGUGGCUGCCCGGACAAUGAUAUCAGGCAAGACGAACAAUUGCGCUAUUGUGAACAUCGGCAGCGUCGUGGCCAAGAGCGGCCUCAUAAAUAAUAGCGCCUACGUGGCGUCCAAAGCAGGCGUCACGGGCCUCACCAAGAGCAUGGCACUUGAACUUGCUUCAGCCGGAAUCCGCGUAAAUGCUGUGCUGCCGGGCCUGGUCGAAACCCCAAUGGUCAUGGACCAUACAACUGAGAAGGCACGGGCAAUGGUGGCCGCUCGCACUCCCCUGGGAAGGCUGGGAAAGCCGGAAGAAAUAGCCAACGUCGUGGCAUUUCUCUGCCGUCCAUGUAGUUCGUUAGUAACGGGUGCAAUGGUAGAAGUGUCUGGCGGUCUUCACAUGUGA